GGGGAAAGCAAACAAUUUCCAGGCCCGCAGCGUCCAGGCAAAAAUAUGGGAAAAAAAUUAUUAAAAAAUCGGAAAGGCACCUAAACCCCGGAAAUCGACCGCAGGAAGGAUGUUAAGGCUCCAGCGAUCUAAGAAAAUGGGAACUUCUACCGUCUGGUCUCCUCCAAGAAGUAAUAGCGGGACAGGUUAAGACCAGAAACCAGCUAAAUCCCCUUUUGAUUUUUUUCCGACCACAUGGAACUUGCGAAGCCACCAAAAACGCUGUCACUUAGUGGAGUUGGGCAGUUGCCAGUUGUCCAACAAGAAGGCCUGGUUUAGGCUGCGAUGGCCACUGUCAUUCCCGGUGAUUUGUCAGAAGUAAGAGAUACCCAGAAAGUCCCUUCAGGGAAGCGUAAGCGUGGUGAAACAAAACCAAGAAAAAACUUCCCUUGCCAACUGUGUGACAAGGCAUUUAACAGUGUUGAAAAAUUAAAAGUCCAUUCAUACACUCACACAGGAGAGAGGCCCUACAAGUGCACGCAGCAAGACUGCACCAAGGCCUUUGUUUCUAAAUACAAAUUAUUAAGGCAUAUGGCUACACAUUCUCCAGAGAAAACCCACAAGUGUAAUUAUUGCGAGAAAAUGUUUCACCGGAAAGAUCAUCUAAAGAAUCACCUUCAUACGCAUGAUCCCAAUAAAGAAGCAUUUAAGUGUGAUGAAUGUGGAAAGAACUACAAUACCAAGCUGGGGUUUAAACGUCACUUGGCCUUGCAUGCUGCUACAAGUGGAGACCUGACAUGUAAAGUAUGCUUGCAGACUUUUGAAAGCACAAUGGUGCUGCUAGAGCACCUAAAGACCCAUGCAGGCAAAUCUUCCAGUGGUGUUAAGGAGAAAAAACACCAAUGUGAGCAUUGUGAUCGUCGCUUUUACACCCGCAAAGACGUCCGCAGACACAUGGUAGUGCACACUGGGAGAAAAGACUUCCUUUGUCAGUAUUGUGCACAGAGGUUUGGACGCAAGGAUCAUCUAACCCGUCAUAUGAAGAAAAGUCACAAUCAAGAACUGCUGAAAGUGAAAACGGAACCUAUGGAUCUGUUGGAUCAUUUCACCUGCAGUGUUCCUAUUAAAGAUGAGCUGCUUCCCGUGAUGUCCUUAUCUUCAAAUGAGCUGACAUCAAAGCCAUUUACAAAUAGUUUGCAGUUGAACCUCUAUAACACACAAAUUCAGUCCAUGCAGAGUUCUGCAGCAACACACCAAAUGGUCGCUCCACCAUUGUCUUUGGGCAUGCCAUGCCCUAUAGAUAUGGAUUCUGUCCAUCCUUCUCACCAGCUUUCGCUGAAAUACCCACUCAAUUCUACCUCAUAUGCAGUUUCAAUGCCUGAUAAGGAACAACCAUUGAAAGUGGAGAUCGAAAGUUACCUUAUGGAAUUGCAAAGUGGAAUGACUCCCUCCUCCCAGGAGUCUCCUUCAUCUAAGUUAGGUCUGGAUCCUCAAGUAGGGCCAUUAGAUGACUGUGCUGAUGGAGUAUCCCUCUCUAAAAGUUCUGUUUCGAUUGGCGAACCUCUAAACGCAUCUUCAUUAGACUUUAACCAGCUGUUUAAUUUUAUACCAGCCAAUGGUCCACCGUACAGUACACCUGUAUCGGUUGGGAGUUUAGGGAUGGGCUACUCUCAAGAAGAGGCCAGUUCAUCGAUGGCCCAGCUCCCCCCACAAUCACAGGAUCCUCAAGACCCUAGCAAUAUGUGUUUUGGUUCUUUACACUCAUUAUCCGCUGCUUUUACAAGCAACCUCAAUACAACCACAACAUUGCCACGAUUUCAUCAAGCUUUCCAGUAGGAUUUAUUACAAUGGAUUGCCUUAGCUGUUUUUUUGGUUUUUUUUAAAUCUUAGUGCCAAUGAAAAGGCUUUUGGAACACCUGAUAGUCUAUUCAUUAACAAUCUCAUUAAGCCAGUACAUUGUUAGCUCUUCACAAGUGUCUUAAUUGUUUACUUGGGUAUUAGAUGCCUUA